AUGGGAGAGGUGGGUACACGACUGAUGGGGAUACCAAGAGAAGCCAAAGUGUCGGAUGCAUUAAGAGGUAACAAGUGGGUUUUCAGACGAAGUCGAAACUGUGGCGUUCAGAUUAUAUCAACAUGCUUACGGACACUUGCGUUACCAAAUGCUAUGGCGGGAAAGGACAAGGUUCUUUGGAAGCAGAAGAACGACACAUACGGUGACAAAUUCUCCACCAAAAAAACUUGGCAUUUAAUCAGGGCUAAAGCUCCAAUUGUUGAAUGGCAUCGACUUCUUUGGUUCUCCCAGGCAAUACCGAGACAACGAUUUAUCACAUGGCUGGCUUCUCGAAACAAGCUCUCAACAGGCGCACGAAUGCGGCAAUGGGGAAUAACACAAGCAUGCCCGCUAUGUGGAGAACCGGAUGAGACUAGGGACCAUCUUUUCUUCGCUUGUCCAUAUGGGACUUGCUAUGCUCGCGGUUACUUGCGCGACGAAAAAACCCGGAUUGGAAUCUAA